UAACGUUGAAGGGAAGACGGCCUCCAGAAGGCUGCAGCCGAUGGUUCUGAUGCUGAGGGGAAGAUGCAGAAGCCGAGGAACUAUUUGAAACCAGUGGCGUGCGGCUGUGAUGUACAUGAUCCACGCAGCGGAAACUGACACUAGGGAAAUGGCAGCCCCCAUGGAGCGGAGACUCCCCGCGGGACGUCCCCACGUGAUGGGCUGGCCCGAUUGCAGCGCCGGAUCCGAGCAACAUUGGCUGCCGGGGCUGCGGCUGCCGGGCAACAUGUGGGCGAUGAGUGUGGCCGCGCUAUUCCUUUGUGCCAGCGUCCUUCCCGCUCCCAGCACGGAGCAGCGUCAGCGCCAGCGACGGGAUUGGCUGCAGAAGUUGAAUUUCCAUUUUCCAAAGCAGAAGAGUGAGAGAAAGCAGUCGCUGUCAUUGGUCAAUGAUCUGUUCCGGUCGACAGUUCCUAUAUUCCGUCUCGGUGCUGAAGAAGGGACAGGUCUGCAGAACCCUCUCCGAUGUGGUGUCCCCGAUCCACCCCCAGGGAAACAUGGCCGCCGCAGAUGGCAUGGCAACACCAAACGGCGGAGACGAUUUGUAAUUGCAGGAGGAAGAUGGAAGAAAACUGACCUAACCUACAAAAUUGUACGUUUUCCUUGGCAACUCAGUCAAGUGAAAGUAAGGCGCAUUAUUGCUGAAGCAGUGAGCGUGUGGAGUGAUGUAACUCCCUUAACAUUCACAGAGGUACAGGAUGGAAGUGCUGACAUCAUCAUUGAGUUUACAAGGUACUGGCAUGGAGAUCACCUGCCGUUUGAUGGCCCUGGUGGGGUCCUGGCCCAUGCCUUCUACCCUCAAACUCCUCAGGCAGGAGAAAUUCACUUUGACUAUGAGGAACUGUGGACCACUGACAGUGACAAGGGUAUUGAUCUCCUGCAUGUAGCAGCUCACGAGUUUGGCCAUGUCCUCGGUCUGCAGCACUCACAAGACUCAAAAUCUUUGAUGGCGCCUUUCUACACUUUCCGUUACCCAUUAAGGUUGGCAGAGGACGACAAGCAAGGGAUACAGUACUUGUACGGCCGGUCUCACCACACAGGAGUCAAUUUCUUCAAUCCGGACAUUGAAAUCAAUGAGUUGCCUAGUCUUCACCCUCUGGGAAAAGAGCCAGCUGCUUGUGAGACAGACUUUGAUGCAGUCUCAAUGAUCCGUGGGGAGCUCUUCUUUUUUAAAUCCAAAUAUGUGUGGAGAUUGAGAAAUCGACAGCUUCAGCCCGGCUACCCAGCGCUGGCCUCCCAGCAUUGGUGGGAAUUCCCUGACCAUAUCAACGCAGGGUUCGAGGAUGCCAAUGGCAAUUUCUGGAUCUUUCAAGGCUCCAAUUACUGGAUCUAUGAUGGAGAAAAGAGAGUACUGGGCCCCAGGUUGAUCUCCGACUUGGGACUUCCUGUGAGAGGUGUGCAGGCUGCUCUGAUGUGGGGUGAAGAGCAGAAUAAGAUCUAUCUCUUUGAAGGAAAUUAUUAUUGGAAACUCAAUGUCAACACAAAUUCUGUGGAGAGUAUUUACCCACACAGUACCAGUGAUUGGCAAGGUCUUCCUCCCGGCAUUGAUGGGGCAUUCCAGGAUAAGCACGGCUAUGCUUACUUUCUUCGAGGAAGGAAUUACUGGAUGUUUGACGCUGUUCAAGUUAAGAUACAAGAAGACUACCCAAGGCUGAUAGGCCAAGACUUUUUUGGAUGUCCUUCUUCAUUCGGUUAUACACGUGGCUCUUCAGUUUGAAGCUCCCGUGUCUGCCUUUCCAAUACUGAUCAUGAGCUUCCUAUUUACUCUUCACUCUGGAUGUUUCUAUUCCCACUUACUUUUCUGGGAUUUGUUAUAUACAAUGAGCCAAAUUAGAUUGACCCUUGUGGUUCAACAAGAUGGAAGGAGGAUUCAGUAAAAUUGAAUGUUGGAAGGAAAGCUCACCUAUGUAAGAGAGCUCUCUUCAUUCUUUCCUCAUCCACCUACCAAAGUACAAAAUCCACAGUUCUGACUGAUCUCAAGUUUGCCCAUCAAAAAAAAAAGAAUAUCCACUUCAUAA